CUUUGGAGCGAGUGUUUUAGAGAGGAGGCUCUGCCGUCUGAUGAUUGUUUCUCUGAGAGACCGGCGUCCGUCUUCACAGCAGGUGGAGCCGCUGAAGGAACCACUUUAGAUGUUGAGAGGCAGAGCCGAGCAGAGAAUAUUCCAGAAGGACACGGGAUAACCACCAGCAUUUAAAAAAGAGAGCGAGAGAGGAGGUCAUAGAGACUGAAACUACUUUACCUCCCUUCAUCCUCUUCCUCUCAGCCAAUCAGAGAGGAGCUCUUCUGCUUUUCUACCUCCCACAGAAAUAGAAAAAGUGAAAGCAAGCAAUUUAGAAUCUUUUUGUUUCUUCGUGCAACAUUUUCUCCAUUUUACCUCAGGGAUUUCUUCUCCUACUGCCUACCUCUGGUGACGGGAAACAAACAAACAAACAAACAGACAAACAAACCUCUCUCUGAUGUUACCAUGAAAACCUGUAUUGCCUCUCAAGCUCUCUUCAAUGCAACCACCAGCAACGACCUCCGACCUCUGAAUUGUUCCCGUCCUCACCUGUAAACGACCUCAGGUGAUAUACAGGAAACAGUCUUAUUGCCAGACAGGAAGCUACACACUCUUCACAGAAAAACCUCACACACACCCGGCAGGAAACGAUAUACCUCAGACACACACUCAAGGAAACUGAAGGGAACCUGGUGCUUCAAAUCAACCCCAGAAGACUUCUCACUGCAGCAUUUUCCAUUGGAGGGUAGCAACAGUAGCCAGGCAGUUCUCCAGAGAGAGAAACCCUCCUCUCAUCUGCCUCCCAGCGAAGUGGCAUCACACACAGCGAUAUAUAAAGACGGGCAACACGCAUCAGGAGACGCCCGGCAGGCCUUUGGAGAUCUCAGAGGAGAAUCGGACCCUUUGAAAUCCUCCAGAGAAACAGAGGAGAAGUUCUUCAUCAGCGCUUCUGAGAAAGUGAAGAACUCAAUGAACCCUGGGAAGCAGGAAGAUAUCAAAAAACACUGAUAUCUGACGGUGUGAGGAGAAGAGGAAGCAUCCAAUGCAGCGCGCUCUGAUGCUUCCAGUGAUGUCCCGCCCCCCGUGCCCCUGAGGCUUCAUGGAACCAAUGUCCAACAAGCAGGACAGCAACUCAUCAGAGGGAGACGAGAAAGGGUGGCCAGAUGUGCCGAAGAGAAAGAGAAAGAACAGCCUUUGUUCUGGGAAGAGCGUGUCAGCUCUCAGUGUUCCAGGAUACAUCCCCAGCUACCUGGAGAAGGACGAGCCCUGCGUGGUGUGUGGAGACAAGGCCACGGGCUACCACUACCGCUGCAUCACCUGCGAGGGCUGCAAGGGCUUCUUCCGCAGAACCAUCCAGAAGAACCUGCACCCGGCGUACUCCUGUAAAUAUGAGGGAUGCUGUAUCAUCGACAAGAUCACGCGCAACCAGUGCCAGCUGUGUCGCUUCAAGAAGUGCAUCGCCGUGGGCAUGGCCAUGGACUUGGUUCUGGACGACUCUAAGCGCGUGGCGAAGCGUCGUCUGAUCGAGGAGAACCGUCAGAAGAGGAAGAAGGAGGAGAUGGUCCGGACCCUUCAGACCCGGCCGGAGCCCGACUCCCCCGAGUGGGACCUGAUCCGCAUGGUGACGGAGGCGCACCGGCACACCAACGCCCAGGGGGCCGCCUGGAAGCAGAAGCGCAAGUUCCUGUCGGAUGAUAUCGGUCAGGGUCCGAUGAUUCCCACUUCAGACGGAGACAAGGUGGACCUGGAAGCCUUCAGCGAGUUCACGAAGAUCAUGACCCCCGCCAUCACACGCGUGGUGGACUUCGCCAAGAAACUACCAAUGUUCUCAGAGCUGUCCUGUGAAGACCAGAUCAUCCUCCUGAAGGGCGGCUGCAUGGAGAUCAUGUCUCUGCGCGCCGCCGUGCGCUACGACCCGGAGAGCGAGACGCUGACACUGAACGGAGAGAUGGCGGUGAAGCGAGAGCAGCUGAAGAACGGAGGGCUGGGCGUGGUGUCGGACGCCAUCUUUGAUUUGGGCAAAAGCCUGGCUCAGUUCAACCUGGACGACUCGGAGGUGGCGCUGAUGCAGGCCGUGCUGCUCAUGAGCUCAGACCGCUCAGGACUCACCAACAUAGAGAAGAUCGAGCAGUGUCAGGAGGCGUACCUGCUGGCCUUCGAACACUACAUCAACUUCAGGAAGCACAACAUUCCCCACUUCUGGCCCAAGCUUCUGAUGAAGGUGACGGACCUUCGGAUGAUCGGAGCGUGCCACGCCAGCCGCUUCCUGCACAUGAAGGUGGAGUGUCCCAACGAACUCUUCCCCCCUCUCUUCCUGGAGGUCUUCGAGGACCAGGAAGUGUGACUUUAGGAACGUUUCCACCACAACACCCCCUUUAAAAAGAACCCUAAACAUGGAAGGAAAUACAUUUAAGGGGGGGUUAGCUGUGGUGAAAGAACAAAAGAAGUAGGACAAAAACUGGAAUUGACAUUUUUUUUUUAUUCAGUGGGAACGUACCCUGUGAACUUCGUUUUUUGUCCUUUUCUUCUCACAAAACCCAGCACCUGCCACCAGCAAAAUCGCAUCGACUUCACUUGAGCGAAAUACACACUGACAGGUACACACACACAAUUAAUAGAUGUAGAUAUAGAGUGGUGCAGGAAUGAGUCCUAUAAUCCCUGGAAUGAAUCGGCAUUUUCGCACUUCUUGUUCCCUUUACUUGGAGGUCAAUGGUUCCCUGAAUGUGUUAUUGGUUCUUAUCCUGAUAUAAGGUCUGUAGUUAACACAAGCUGAAGAGAUUUUUAUUCUACGACAUAUAAUACGUCAGUAAAUACCCCUCUGGUGGAUUUAAAAACGGAGGUUGCUAACAAGUGUCUAAAUGAGACGACUAAACGUCGUCACGCCCAACAUUAGCCGCCUUUAGCUUAGCAUUUAGCUUAGCUUAAAAACUGUGGUUGCUAACAAAUGUCUAAAUGAGACUUCAAAACGUCAUCAUAUUAGCCGUAAGCAUCAGAGAUUUCUUUCUGCUAUAAUCCCAAAUUCACAUGGAGUAAUCCCAUUGGACCACAGGAGAUGCUGCCUUCAGGGGAAAUAGGUCAUCCCUGUACCACUCUAUCCUAAGACUCCUAACAAACUGCCAGGACAAAUAUAUGCAAACUCCAGCCUCCUCAGUUAUCUCCUGUUGCACCUGUAUGGACUAGCAGCUGCACUCUCGAUAAUGCAACCCCCCGUCUCCCACCUCAACCACAGCAAAGUGUUUUAUCUCUGGGACCUGACCAUCAACUCUCCUUAAUGGCGUCAUCCAUCUAAUCCCCCUUCAGUCUGAGUGUUUGUCAACCUACCUCCCCCCCACAUACUGACCUCCGUCUGAAACACAUCCAACACUCUUACCUCAUUAUGUAGUCAGAUGUAUUUCCACAUUACUGAGUCUUCAGUUAAUGCUGGUGUUAGGAGACACUACAGUGGGAACACUGGUAUGAAGCCUUUAUCUACAGUGUAGGUCCACUGGUUGGUCCUUUUGGUGGCAGCAGAGUUAUUUAACCAAUUAGUCAUUAUUUUAUGCUUUUACAUGAUUCUUAGUGGAGAUACUCAAUUGUAUUCAUCAGUCAACAAAAUCCCAUUAGCAUCAAAAUACUCGAUUAAAAAUGGACAGCGCUAAUUAUUUAUGCUUUCAUGACUGCAUGACACAUUGAGAUGCAUUAAGAAAGCUGCAGUGUGCAUCCUUAUGUCAUAAAACUGCAGAAAUAUUGGUAAACUUCAGCAUUUUAAGUGUUAUAUCAUUUUUUUAGAUUAAAUCAAUAUGCUAAAAUGUAAUUAUACAUUUUCAGCCUUUUCAGAAUAAAGUGCAUUGUAGCUAAAGGCUAAAUAUGAAGUGUUUCCACUGCUUUUAUUGUACGGUAUCACUUACUGUACUUAAAAAUAUAGCUAGGUUACUUUAUUUAAAGAACAUUUUAAAUGCAUGACUACAUCUGCAUCAUGCUACUUAAUAACACUAACAAAUAAUAGAGUACUUAUAAAAUAUAUGAAUAUAUAUAUUAACACAAUACCUCUCCGCCUCAUACCUCCUUCAUUACCUCACACUCAUGAAUAUUACACCCAGUUGUUUUUAUUUGUAUGGAUUACCUCAUUUGUUAGUUUUGUCUUCUGAUUGGUCCAUCGCUGGCAGAUAGUGAUGGUGAUGUCACUAAACUCUGCAAGCCCCUCCCCCCCUUCACCUGUAUCAACAGAUUCUACCUCACCUGUCAUCUCCGUGGAGCUGCCCCUCUGUCUGUGACACACACACAAACACACACUCACACACACACACACACACACAC